AUGGGUCUUCAAGCUUCAUUCACCGACAAACUCGCCCUCGGCGAAGCAAAGAGAGGGGAGAACAAGCGCAGAGUCAUUGUCACUGGUGGCAGUGGCAAGCUCGGUCGCUCAACAGUCAGAUACCUUGCUGAUGAGGGAUGGGAGGUCAUCUCGGUUGACACCCGUCGUCCUCCUGGUAUCAGCGAAGAUGGAAAGUCAGGUCUCGGUGGUGCAUACCGCCUCGUUGAGAUCGACCUGGAAGACAUGGGAGCUGUGUUGGAGACAUUCCUUACAACCGACAUGGCAUACAGUGGUAUUGACGCCGUCGUCCAUCUCGCGGCUAUUCCCUCUCCCGGUCAGACCAACAGCUCCAGACAAUUCCGUACCAACACAAUGAGCACAUACAACGUCCUGGAGGCUUGCCGCAAGCUCAAAAUCAAGAACAUUGUCCUUGCAUCUUCAGAAACACUGAUCGGUAUCCCCUUCGACCCCCACCAGCCUGAAUCGCUACCCAUCACGGAAGAGCACGAGAGAAAGCCAGAGUCGGCAUACUCAUUGUCCAAGUUGGUUGGUGAAACAUUGGCCGAGCAAUACGCCAGAUGGGACCCUGAAGCCAAGAUCAUCUCGCUAAGAUUCAGCAACGUCAUGUUGCCGGAGGAGUACAAGACCUUUGAAUCCUGGCAAGACGACCCGAUGAAGCGUUACUGGAACUGCUGGGGAUACAUUGACGCGAGAGACGGUGGUCAGGCUGUUUCCAAGUCGUUGGACAGCAAGACCAAGGGUCAUCAUCAAUACCUGAUUGCUGCCGAGGACACUUGCAUGAGACAGUCCAAUGACGAGCUUGUCAAGAAGGCCUUCCCUGGUGUCAAGUACAACGCUACUUCCGGACCCAACGAUACCCUGCUCUCGAUCGAGAAAGCAAAGAAGGAGAUCGGUUUCAAGCCGGCGUACAAGUGGCAGGACCAGCUGUAG